GUCAAGUCGUGCCUGCCAUUUGUUUGAUUUCCUGCCUUCUGCUCACAACGACAACCACAUUUACUUCACUUCGCUUCACUUCACACCACACCAUACGACAUCACUUCACAUCACUUCACAUCACAUCACAUCACACCCCUCUUGUCAUAUAAUCCACUACCCCCAAACCUCCUCUACCAACCUUUCUCCCUUCUCCACAAUGCCAUCCAUGGCCAAUUCAAAACCGGUGGCCGAGCUGCCACGAUUCCUUCUACCACGACUCACCUGGACCAGCACCGCCCUUACUCAAUAUUCCUGGCAGACACCACCUGCCCCGACCUCAUUACGCUCAGGAAAUCUCCCAUCAUUCAAGCCAGUCUCAAAAUCCAGAUCAAUACACACUGUUGCUUCAUCAAAUCUCUCUUCAACCAAACCCUCACUCCGCUCCACCCGCUCGCCCAAGAGACCCAAAAUCUACACACCAGCCCUUCCCAAUGACGCACCUCCCGUGCGACAUAAUGGCGUCUAUGUCGCCACAUUUAAGCCUGCUCGAGCCGCCUUUUCCACCACGGCCAUACAGAGAAAAGAUCACCAUUUCGAUACAUUGAAAUUUGUGCAGAGGCUCAAAGGCGAGGGUUUCAGCGAAGCACAAGCUGUCGCAAUGAUGCGUGUCUUGAACGAUGUGAUAGAAGAAUCAAUCCAGAACCUGACACGUACCAUGGUGCUCAAGGAAGACGCAGAGAGAAGCACCUACACUCAAAAGGUCGAUUUUGCCAAAUUGAGGAGCGAACUAGCCAACGCCGACAGCACCGAGUCGCAAUUGACCCGCACCAGUCAUGAUAGAUUAUCGAGCGACCUAGCAAAGUUGAAUUCGAGGUUACGCGACGAAAUUGGAAGGACCCAAGCUAGUGUCCGGCUCGAUCUGAAUCUGGAGAAGGGCCGCAUCCGUGAAGAGGCCAACACACAGGAAAUGCGAAUCAAGGAGACGGAAGCUCGCAUCGAACAAGAAGUCGCCAGUCUGAGGGAAAGAGUCGAGGCAGUCAAGUUCUCGACUCUGCAGUGGCUAAUGGGCGUUUGUACAGGUACAGCUGCACUCAUUUUGGGUGCAUGGCGUUUAUUGAUGUGAACGCCCAUGUAUCUGUCCGGCUGGUGGAAAACAGUUUCGCCCGUAUGGUCUGGCGGGGUUCCAUAUGAGCUCUGUGCCACGAUUGCCAUGAAAGGAUGAAUAUAUAUAUCGAGACCAGACCUGCUGGACAUAAUAAAACUGCCAUUCAUACCAUGCUGCUCUCUACUAUAGACAAAACUCGUGUGCCGAGUGCUCCAUAACUCAUUCUAGACACACCCCGCAAAUGCAUGUUAUUGAC